AUGGAGACAGUGAGGGCUUGUAUGAUUGGCCUCAAGGCACCACAACACUACGAUAAGGUGUUCAAAGAUGAGUGCAUCUACACUUUUGAUACUCCAUUCAGCGAGGGUGGAUUGGCAGUGAAUCUGCGCACCUGGCAAGGAGUGGCCUUAGACAUGAUCGACCUGGACCUUCAACGCUCCGGUGGCAAAGGUUUAUACCUCCUGCAGAAGUUCCGCCGUGAGGAGAAGCAGAAACCCGCAGAUGAGCAAGAGCCAACCAAGAUGGCGAUCGGAGUGGAAGGUGGUUUCAUGGAUGACAAGUGGGAGAUCAUCAAGGAGUAUUCCUUGCUGGCCAUCAGUGCGUCUGGGGAACGGAGUACGCUGCCAUAUCCCAGUCAAGACCUACCCAUAUUGGUCAGCGACGUGUGCGAAGCCAUCGAGAAGCACCAGGGUGUGCAGUCCCAAGAAGCUGUCAGCCAGUGGGAAGAGGAAGUCAAGGAGAGCAAGUACUACAAGGAAUUGGUGCAGCUGCCGGCCAUGAAGAAGAUCAGUCCAAGUCCAAAGGAUUGGAAGUGCGAAAAGAGUGGUGACACUCAAAAUCUCUGGCUGAACCUCUCCGAUGGGUACAUUGGGGGUGGUCGAAGACACUGGGAUGGCUCUGGUGGCAGCAACGGAGCGCUGGAGCAUUUCGAAGAGGAGAAGGCCAAGGGCAACUUCUUCCCAUUGGUGGUGAAGCUGGGGACCAUCACGCCGGAUGGAGCGGAUGUCUACUCUUAUGCCCCGGAUGAGGAUAACCUUGUAAAGGAUCCCUUGUUGGCGCAGCAUUUGGAGCACUGGGGCAUCGACGUGAUGAAGAUGGAGAAGACGGACAAAACUUUGGCAGAGAUGCAGGUGGAUCUGAAUCUCAACUGGGACUGGUCCAAGAUCUGCGAGUCCGGCGACAAACCGCUGGUACGCUUGCGCGGACCUGGCUUGGUGGGCCUCAAAAAUCUCGGGCAAUCAUGCUACAUGAACUCCUCCGUUCAACUGCUGCUCGCUCUACCAGAGGUGAAGCAACGCUACAUGGACGCUGACUUCCAGAUCCGAAAAUCUGGGCCUUCAGAAGUGCAGAACGACUUGAUCAGCCAGGUCGCCAAGUUGGCGAAUGGCUUGAACGGCCCACGCUAUGCUCCACCUUUGAAGGACGGAGAGGAUGAAGAAGAUCCCAAGCACGUCGUGGCGCCACAGAUGUUCCGCACCUUGAUUGGACGUGGGCAUCCUGAGUUUUCCACCUCCAGGCAACAAGAUGCCGCCGAAUUCAUUCAGUACUUCCUGGAGCAGCUGACGCGUGCCGAGCGCAGCGCUCUGGGUUCUCGGGUCAUAGGGGAUCGCCCCACCUCCGGCAUGUUCGAUUUCGCCGUGGAAGAGAGAAUGCAAGAGAGCAGCGGCAGCCGACGAGUGAAGUACAGCAGAACGCAAGAAACCAUGCUUGGAAUACCAGUAAAGCUGGAGGAUGCUGAGAAUCUGGCUGAGGUGACGGCCUACAAAGCAGCGCAUGAAAAGGACGAGAAGGACCCAAAGAAGCUGAAGACGGAAGGUGUCGAAGAGCCCAAGCCAUUGGUUCAGCUCUCGACUUGCCUGGCGCGGUUGGCAGCACAGGAGGAGGGUAUCCAGUUCCGAGGUAGUGCAGCGUCCAAGACGACUCGGAUGGCGACGAUGCCCAGGUAUUUGUUGGUGCAGCUCCGCCGAUAUUACGUCGAUGAGAAGUGGUGUCCUGCCAAGCUGGACUGCAAGGUUCCAAUGCCUGAAACAUUGAAUUUGGAGCAUCUUCGAGGGAAGGGGCUUCAGCCAGGAGAAGAGGAGAUGCCAGAAGAGCCGGAUGAUCGUGGCGCCGCUGCGCCGCCAGCUGCGGCUCCAGAAGCAGAUGAAAUGAUCGUCGCCCAGUUGAUCUCCAUGGGCAUCGGUGAGAAUGCGGCCAAACGUGCCAGCCUCGCCGUCAACAACUCGGGGGCCGAAGCAGCCUGCGCCUGGUUCUUCGAACACAGUGAAGAUCCAGACAUCAAUUUGCCGCCUGCUGCUGGAGCCCAACCUGCUGGUGACGCUGGGUUUGAUCCUGAAGCAGUGUCCACGUUGUGCUCCAUGGGCUUUGCAGAAGCCCAUGUGCGAGCGGCCCUGAAGUCGUGCAUGAACAGUGUGGAGCGAGCCGCCGAUUGGCUUUUCUCACAUGCAGACGAUCUGGAUGCAGCCGUGGCUGCGGUGAAUGGCAGUGGCACAGCGGCCGGGCCGAGUCGAGUGGACAAUGAAGAUGGCGUGGGCGAGUACGAACUCCUGGGGUUUGUGUCCCACAUUGGAAAGCACACCUCUCAUGGGCAUUAUGUUUGCCACAUGCGACGGGGUGAGGGUGGCUCCUGGGUGAUCUUUGAUGAUAGCAAGGUGGCGAAAUCCGAAGCUCCACCAUUGGAUUUGGGUUAUCUUUACCUCUAUAGACGGAAGGACGCCUGA